AUGAGUACUACAGCUGGUUUCCAAGACAUAAUAGCCAAAUUCAACACACAACCUUACUUUUACAUCAACACUGUUGUAUCCCUUUGUUUCCUACUAUACCACAUAAAGUCCAAAAACGUGUAUUUGAUUGCAUUGCUUCUAUGGGGUAGUUUCAUCACGACAAUAACUCAAUUGAAGUUAGUUUCAUCACUGCAUUUUGAUUGUUUUGUUCUUAGUACAAUCUAUUGUGUUUCCAUCUUUUUAACUAGUGUAAUAACCCCAUACAACAACUCCAACAGCAAUGUGUCCAAAAUUCAACUAGAUGACAUGAGCGAUUCCGAACAUUCUUUUGAUGAAGUUGCUUACGAAGAAAAGAGAUUGCCUCAGAAAACAAGAUCACAUUUCAAAAGAUUGAGUGCAAUUGUAUUGUUUAGUAUCAUGAUACUAUCCUACUAUGAUUAUAUUGGUGAAGUUGGUACAUUCAUAUGGUUGACAAUAACAUAUGGUGUUACAGUUGGCUCUGGAGUCAUUGCAAAUUUUACUACGUCAAGAAAUGCUACUGAUUUUAGGCUCAUAUUAUCAAAUUUGAUCCAUAGCUAUAAUGCUAUAUUAAUAAUUGUUGCUCAUUGGAUUUUGGUUGUACAUAUUGGCUUGGAUUUGGUUGCUUUAACUUCUUACGCAGUGUUGAUGUUUUUCUCCUUCACAUUCUUUCCCUACAUAGAACAUAUAGUUAAUUAA